AUGAGGCGCUUUGGAUAAUUUCCAUUAUUGGGUUUGGCACUUAAAAAUUAAAAUAAAAUAUUUUAAAUAAUGAUCGAAUCAAUAUUCUUUUUCUGGUGCUUGAAUCAAAAUUUGUCGAAAUAAUUGAUUUAAGAGUUUCGGCAUUGGCAAGCAUUUCUGGCUGGAGAUAAUAUUUAAUUUAAAGAUAAGCUUCUCUAGAAAGGAAUAUUUAAAUCAUUAAUCAAAUUAUCAAUUAGGUAUAAAACUGAUUUUGACGUCUUCAACACAAUAAUGUUGGCUAUUAGUAAUUUAGCAAGAGGAAAACCAACCACAAAUAUAGUAAUUUAUUGACUUAUAAUUAGUAUUAAAAGAGAUUAAUAUAUAUUCUUUCACAUAUAAUAAUUAGCAUUGAGGAUAAAGAAUUGUGA